CUCACCUCUGCAAGCGAUCAUCUCCACCUUCAACAAGCAGCAAUAGUCUUGGCGCUUCGAGUCCUCGAUAUAUACGCACUGCUUAAGUGACGGUCUCUGCGAAAUCACCAACCAUCAUGGCGUCCCAAAACGUCAACGUCCUAUUGUCGACCUUUCCCGGUCUCUCACUUCCAUCAACACUCUCCUUCGCGCUACCAUCAUCAUCCAGCGUCGCUGACCUGACGGACAAAAUCGCCUCAUACCUGCCUCCUUCUCUGCCACUCAAUCGCCUGGUCUUGACAACAACCAGCAACAAGCAACUACUCCCCUCAUCCGAAUCCAUCGCAUCCUACCUCAUUAGCACCAAUGACAAUCUCGCCACAACCUCCAUCCUCCCCCUCCGCCUCAGCGCCCCCCUAUGCGGUGGUAAGGGAGGUUUCGGAUCCCAGCUCCGUGCCGCCGGUGGGCGCAUGUCCAGCAAGCGCAAGCGUAAUCAAGGCGACGACAACGGAUCCAGUCGCAACCUCGAUGGCCGUCGUCUACGCACGGUCAACGAAGCCAAAGCAUUGGCUGAGUACCUCGCCCUCAAGCCGGAGAUGGACAAGAAGGAGAAGGAGGAGCGCCGGCGCCGGUGGCAGGCUGUUGUUGAGGCGGCGGAGAAGCGUCAGGAGGAGCUGAAGAACGGAGGUGGCAAGCAGAAGAUUGAUGGUCAAUGGAUGGAGGACAAGGACGAGAUGAAUGAGAAGGCGAGAGAGGCGGUUCUUAUGGCUAUGAAGGAUGGUAUGUGGACGGAUAACUUGCGCGAUACGAUUCUGGGCGGAUCAAGCACAAGUGCUAGCCCGAGUGAGGGAAGUGGUCAGGAGACGCCCUCUAGCUCUGAGGAGGAAAGUGAUGAUGAGCAGGAGAUGGAGGAUGCGCCUGGACCGUCGUCGGCUGAACCGGUUCGCAACGCGGCACCUCGGCGGUAUAUUGGUUUUGAUGAGGAUGACGAGUUUAUGAGUGACUCGGAGGAAGAGGAGGAGGCCGAAGAUCCUAAGGGAAAGGGAAAAGCCAAGGCUUGAUUGAAUGCCAUUGAAUGCCUCUUUUCAUGCGAUUACGGCGUAUGGUCUACGGUUCUGGUUGUUUUUCAUGUUGUUGGCUCGUUAUUGAUAUCAGGGUUUGCGAAGCACGGUUAUUUCAUCUUAAGCUCCACAGCCAGCGUACAUAUUCUAUCGAAAAUAAUAUUUUUCACGC